AUGUACCUCAACAUAUUGUUAUUCCUCCUUCUAUGGUUCAACAGACUAUCGCCGGUUUCAGGGAAGUACACCACCGAUGGCCCUAACAUCGCAGUAUACUGGGGCCAAGGAGCUUAUCAGAAAAGUUUGGGAGCGUAUUGUAAAACCCAAGACGUGGAUAUCAUCGUACUAUCAUUCAUCAAUGAUUUUUCAAUCAAGGGGGUUUCUUACAACUUUGGCAACGGGUGUGAUGCUUCAUCCGUUGAUGGAACAUGUGAGGAAAUGGCCCAUGAUAUUAAAGUUUGCCAGGAGUUGGGGGUAAAAGUCAUUAUCUCAAUUGGUGGUCAGAACGGAGAAUACGGGAUUUCUAGUACCGUGGAUGCGAAAUUGUUGGCUAACCAGUUCCAUGAUAUGUUGGGAGAUCCUGAUGGGACAAUCUUCCCCGGGGUGAUGAUAGAUGGAGUUGAUUUAGAUAUUGAAAAGGGACGACAUGGAGGGUUUGUGGAUUUCGUCCAAGAAAUCAAAAGACUAUUCGCCCCAGGUUUUUUGGUCACCGCGGCUCCUCAGUGCGUGUUUCCUGAUAAGAACAUUGGUGAUGCGAUUAGAUUAGCGGAUAUCGAUUUAUUGUUUGUGCAAUUUUAUAAUAAUUAUUGUAACGUUGACCAACAGUUCAAUUUCCAAACCUGGUCCCAGGCAGUACUGGAGGUAUUUGCCAAUAAACGCAUGAAAGUUUACGUGGGGUUGCCGGGGUCCACGGAGGCAGCGGGGUCAGGAUACGUCAAUUUGACCCAGUUACUGACUCUCACUACUGAAGCGAGGAAUGAUCAUAGAUUUGGCGGGUUUUCGGUGUGGGAUGCCAAGCGAGGGUUCGAGAAUAUCGUCGAUGAUUCAAAUGGUAAUGGUAAUCGAAGCUACAUAUCUGGAUUGAGAAGGAUUUUACAUAAUUCAUCCACGAAUAUUUCGGUAAUUGAUGGCAAUAUAAAAUCGCCAGCCACUACUGCUAUUGCUACUACUACUACAACAAUAACACCACUAUUGACUACGGAUGGUCAGCAAGAAGACCAUGUGGUAUUGUUCUCCUCGAAGUUGACCAAUCAAGGGUUGCAGCUUAUAGUACAAUAA